ACUCAAACUUGUUCACUGUUUCAUUCCAAAACCAAAACCAAAACCUUACACAACAUCAUUUUCUAACAAAGUUUCUCUAACUACAUCAACUUAACCGAAAUGGCUGAGGAGUUUUUCGAAUCCGAUGUUGUUUUUUCCGACCAUAUUCAAUCUGAAGAAGAACAAGAGAAUGAGACACUGAAGAAGCAGCAGCAGCAUCAAGAGGAGGAGGAAGAGAAUUAUGGGGAUAAGAUUAAUCAGGCUAAGAAGAACAAGACUGCGGUGAGCUCGAAGCCGAUGAGAAUUCCGGAAGAGAUGUUUUGCCGAUGGGGGAACGGUUAUGAGUUCGAGGACGAGGAGGAGAUGGUGCCACCGCACGUGAUUAUGGCGCGGAGGCUGGCCGGAAAGAUGACAUUCUCGAUGUGUUUUGGGAACGGAAGGACUUUGAAGGGAAGGGAUUUGAGCAGGGUGAGGAAUUCGAUUCUUAGGAUGACUGGUUUUAUUGAAGUCUGACAUUGUUUGUUUGUGUUUGGAUGGUGGGAAAUGGAAGGGAAAGAAUAUCAUUAGUUUUCUUUUUUAUGUUUUCUGCUUAUCUUUUUAGUUUCUGAGAUCAAACUUUUUUGGCAGUAUCAUUGUUGUAAAAGGAAGAAAAAGUAUAGUUGUUAUUUAAUUUGGAGAUAAAAAAUUAAUGAAAGUGAAUUUAGUUGUUAAUAAAUUUGUUUCAUGUUUUGUUGG